AUCUUGCCCAGUCACUCAGUCAGUCACUCAGUCAGUCACUCAGUCAGUCAGUCAAUCGCUUCAAUCCUCGCCAUCGUCUCGCCGAAGCCGAUUCUUGUUGGUCCAUCAUCCCGCCCAUAUCCCAUCCCGCCUCCUCGCCAUGUUUCUGACCCGCUCCGAGUACGACCGUAGCGUCAACACCUUCAGUCCCGAGGGUCGUUUGUUCCAGGUGGAGUACGCUAUCGAGGCCAUCAAACUUGGCUCCACGGCUUUGGGCAUUCAGACCUCGGAGGGAGUGGUUUUGGCCGUGGAGAAGCGCAUCACGUCGCCCUUGAUGGAGCCCACCUCCUUGGAGAAGAUUGUGGAGGUGGACCGCCAUCUGGCCUUGGCCUUCAGUGGAUUAGCCGCGGAUUCCAAGAUGCUCAUUGAGCGGGCUCGUACGGAAUGUCAGAACCAUUGGUUCACUUUUGAUGAGACCAUGCGCAUCGAGUCUGUGGCCCAAUCCGUAUCCAAUCUGGCCAUUCAGUUUGGCAACGCUGAUCAGGGCGGCUCGGGCUUGAGUCGACCUUUCGGCGUGUCCUUGUUGUUCGCCGGAUUGGAUGAGAACGGGCCCGUGUUGUUCCAUUUGGAUCCAUCCGGCACGUACGUGCAGUUUGAGGCCAAGGCUAUUGGUUCGGGCAGCGAAGGCGCCCAACAGAGCUUGCAGGAGGUCUAUCACAAGUCCAUGACCUUGCGGGAGGCCAUCAAGUCGGGCAUGACCAUCUUGAAGCAGGUCAUGGAGGAGAAGCUGAACGACACCAACGUGGAAGUGGCCACGGUCACCAAGGACAAGGGCUUCCAGAUCUUGUCCAGCCAAGAGUUGCAGAAUGUGAUCAAAGAACUGAGCUAAACCACCACACAUGGUUACUUCAUGGCACUUUCUUGUGUAUUAUGGAAUAUUCUCUUACUAUCCCUUAUAAUAAAACAGACUCUUUGAACCCCGAUCUGUGGCUGGCGGCACUUUUUUCAAGACUAGAGUCGUUUCAGA